AUGAAGAAAAAUCUAUCGCUCAAAGACAAAGUUGAUAUCAUUAAAAGAAAAAAUGUUGACAUAAAAUUGAGCAAUGAAAAACUGGCUGUAGAGUUUAGUAUAGAACAUUCCACUAUAAGUGGCAUUUUUCAGAAUAAAGAGAAAUUUCUACAGUUGCAUGCAGAUGCUAAGAGUUCAAAUCUGAAAAAAACACGUAUCCAGAUGGCACAAUUUUAUUCAUUAGAAGAGACACUUUAUAAAUGGUUUGAAGGUUUACACAGUCAAAAUAUUUCAGUUUUCCAAGAUUUGUUAAAAAUGAAGGCAGUUGAGCUUUAUAAUAAGGCUAUAAAACAGGGCACACAAUUUCCUAAUUUUGAAAAUCGAUAUGACAUUCAUUACAAAACUAUUACUGGUGAAAGCGAAUCUGCGUGUCUUAACCAAAUAGAGAAUGGAAUAAAAGAAUUGCAACAAAUAAUAGCUAUAUUUAACAUAGAUGAUGUUUACAAUAAAGAUGAAACAGGACUCUUCUUCCACUUAGGCCUGAACAAAACACUUGUAUUGAAAGGUGAUAAAGCGAAAGAUAAUAUGGAAACUGAUGAAGCCAAUAAUGAUAUAGUUGAAUUGAUUUUAGCUUUAAAUAGUCUUAGUAUUGCAGAACCCUCAAUAGAUAGUUUGAUAGCAAAUGAAUAUAUUGAGAUAGAUAAUAAUUUGGUUAGUGCAGAGUUACUUACAGAUGAUGAACUUGUUGAAGAAAUUUUUUUGGCUGAAGAAGUCUUACACCCAAUACAAGUAGAUAUGGAAGAUUUAAGUGAGGAAGAAGAAACAAGUAUUUCUGUAAAGGUGGAAAGGAAAGCACUUGUAAUAGUCAGGAAGUUUUUAGAACAAAGAGAAUUUAUAACAGAAA